AUGCCCGCCUACUCCAAACAACCUUACGAUGAAGAACGUCUCGAGUGGGCGACUUCGGUGCUCAAUAAGUACCUUCGAUUGCCGAGAUUUAGCAGAGCUGCUAUGAUACUCCUCUUCAUCGAUAUCCUCAUCGUUGCCGCCCUUGUUAAUGCCUUCGAGCCCCUCAUCACCCUCCUCCGCCGUAACGAAGAAUUGUUCGGCGCCCGACUUACUCUCCCUCUCAAUGAUAACUCGUUCGCCCCCACUCUUCCAGAGCAGCAGAUAAUACCGAGAAUCUUCCACCAGACAAGCGCAAACGAGACGGUUCCCGAGGUUUGGACCGAUUUGGUACAGAGCUGCAGAAAUACCUACUCUGAUUUUGAGUAUAAGCACUGGACCGACGAUAGAGCUCGUGUCUUUAUCUCGGAAAAGUACCCUUGGUUCCUUAACACUUGGGACACAUUCCCCUUUAACAUUCAACGCGCCGAUGCUAUUCGAUACUUUGUACUCCACCACUAUGGCGGCAUUUACCUUGAUAUGGAUACCCUCUGUAACAAGACUAUUCCCCUCCACCAGGUCGAGGCUAGCGGAGCCAUGCACCAUGCUGUGUUCAAGUCUACUACGCCUACCGGUAUCUCUAACGACAUGAUAAUCGCCUCUCCCCAUCACCCAGCCUUCACAAAGGCCCUCUCCCGAAUCCAAAUCUAUACUAAUCUUACCCGCCAUUGGGCCCGUCUCCUCCCCCAUGUCGCUGUCAUGGUCUCUGCUGGCCCUCUCUUCCUUACUAUGGCCCUUAAGAACUACCUCCUCGAGCAGCCAUUUCUUCCCGAGCAGACGGUGCAGAUUAUUAAUGCUACUGAGCUGGAGCCUUACCUGACCGAUUUUGAGGGUGCAUCAUGGCACCACGGCGAUACAAAGACUUUGAUGUGGAUUGGCGAUCGACCCUGGGUUUGGUUCAUGUUGGGCGCUAUUGGUCUAGGUGCUGGUCUGUAUGUUGUCAAUCAGCUGAUGCUUAAGUGUUUGUCGCGAUUCUCUGAGAAAUUGUAUGCCUCGAAUGAUGCGAAGGAAGCCACUAAACUAAUGUAAGAGGAGGAAUGAUUUCAUCGUUUAUACAUGAUUGUAAUACUCGAUAAUGUCGGGGUCUGCUUUGUCUAGGGAAAUCGCUUGUUGAUGCUACUGCAGCUGCUGUUUGUCACGGUCGGGUGUCGAAAC